CUCCCCGAGCGGCUCAAGGGCUGCGACCCGGAGCUCGUCAAGCGCAUCGAGCGGGAGAUCAUGCACAGCGGCGCCAUGACGACCUUCGACGACGUCGCGGGGCUCCAGGACGCGAAGCGGUCCAUCAUGGAGAUGGUCAUCUGGCCCAUGCAGCGGCCCGAGCUCUUCACGGGUUUACGGGCCGUGCCCAAGGGCAUGCUCCUCUUCGGCCCGCCGGGCACGGGCAAGACCCUCAUCGGGCGCGCCAUCGCGUCGAGCAGCGGCGCGACCUUCUUCUCCAUCUCCGCGUCGUCGCUGAUGUCGAAGUGGAUCGGCGAGUCGGAGAAGUUGGUCCGGACGAUGUUCGCGGUCGCCGGCCACAAGGAGCCCAGCGUCGUCUUCAUCGACGAGGUCGACUCCCUGCUGAGCCAGCGGUCCUCCGACGAGAACGAGGCGAGCCGGCGCCUGAAGACGGAGUUCCUCGUCCAGCUCGAGGGCGUCGGCUCCGGCGACGCGUCGAACCGCGAGCGCGUGCUCGUCGUCGGCGCGACGAACCGGCCCCAGGAGCUCGACGAGGCCGCGCGGCGGCGCUUCGUCAAGCGCUUCUACGUGCCCCUGCCCGACGACGUCGCGCGCCGGAGCCUCCUCGGCACGCUGCUCAAGCACAACCGGCACUCGCUGUCGCCCGCGGAGCUCGACGGCGACGUCGUCGACCGCACGCGGGGCUUCUCGGGCGCCGACAUCCGCAACCUCUGCCAGGAGGCGGCCAUGGGGCCCAUGCGCGACGUCGGCUCGUCGCUCUUCGCGGGCGGCGGCGCGCCGGGCGUGCUCAGCGAGGACCAGAUCCCGCCCAUCUCCUUCGCGCACUUCGACAACGCCCUCAAGAUCACGCGCGCGACGGUCGCGCCCGAAGACCUCGUCGGCUACGAGGCCUGGGACGCCCAGUUCGGCUCCGCGCGC